AUGGCGUCACGCUUCGUCGCGUCAACCCACCCGUUCCAUCCCACCUAUCCCGCGUACCUCUCGACCUGCGUGGGACCGGACUUUCCAGACGAGAGCGCCGGGGACACCACGAGAUAUGAUGUCAGCGACGAGAACGAUAGCGUCGGCUGCAGUAACGAUGAUAACGUUAAGGAGGGCACCUGCAUCGAAUACGAUUGCAACGGUAACGAGGACAACGGUAACGAGGACAACGGUAACGAGGACAACGGUAAUGAGGACAACGGUAACGAGGACAACGGACUGUUGGACUCUGAGUGGGCGCGUCACCUCAUCGCAUCGCAGUGGAACAUCCGAAUCGGCGUCGUCCCGCAAGAAAUGAUCACCGGACAGAGCUUCGCGGCUGUGAAUGGCGCGGCUGUCACCGGCGAUUGUCGCAGAGUCGUUACAGAAGGCUGUUGCGUCACUGCGCACGGCGUUUCGACAACCCUCUCCGAUGGUGUAAUCCCGGGUGGUGCAGUUCUUUUGAUGAAGCAGCUUCUUUCUAAGCAAGAGGAGCGGAGAAAGGUUCCUGGCAGUCGUUGUGACGGGGGAGCAGCUGCCGUGGUUACUACAUCGACCCAUGUGGCAUCAAAGGCAUCACGGCUGACAACUGCCAUGACGUCUGAGAGCCAUGGGUGUGCUACUGCCGGCAGCUGCCGUGGGAGCAGCCAUGGAACCUGUGUAGGCGUGGCUUCUGAGCAUCACUCGGCGUCUCCUUCAUGUGCAUCUGCUCUUGCUUCUCCCCUUACAAGCACGCGUGCUGAUGUCAAACCUGGCUGUGGCAAUUUCAAACCUGGAUACUGUACCUUACAGCAACAGCAGCAGCAGCAGCAGCAGCACUACCACCAACAGCAGCGACAGCAGCAGCAGCAGCAGCAGCAGCAGCAGCAGCAGCAGCAGCAGCAGCAGCGGCGGCGGCGGCGACGGCGACGGGGGCGGCAGCAGCAGCAGCACCACCACCACCAGCAGCAGCAGCGGCAGCAGCAGCAGCGGCAGCAGCAGCAGCGGCAGCAGCAGCAGCAGCAGCAGCAGCAGCAGCAGCAGCGCCAGCAGCGCCAGCAACAACAGAACCACCAGCAGCAGCAGCAACAGCAGAACCAACAGCAGCAGCAGCAACAGCAGUACCACCAGCGGCAGCAGCAACAGUUAGAGCUCAAUAGCCUUUCUCUCAGUCCGCCAACCACGUGCUCUUCACGAGUUCACAACGCACAUGGCUUCUUCCCUCAGCACAGUGGGGGGAGUGGUUAUGCACACGGUGGGGGAAACGCCGUGCACAGUAGGUACGCCCUUUCUCUCCAACUCGAGUUUCGAAGCUUCUCUAAACUCCCCUCCCAAUACGCCCGUUCUCUCCCCAUCACCACCGCCCUACCCGCGCACGCAUCCGCCUGUGGGGGCGCGCCGCUGCUCACACUCCAACCACCUAGCCACGUCUUUCAGUGA